AUGAAUUUUUCUCUUGUUACAUCGAUUUAUCUGUCUGCUUACUAUGGAAUGGAAGAGCUGAAGUCCAUGUAUUUCUGCAUUUUCUUCAUUGUAUACCUCACCAUCAUCACCGAGAAUGUCUUGCUGAUGGGAGUGGUUUAUUGUGAAAAAUCCCUGCACCAGCCAAUGUAUGUGCUUUUGUGUAAUUUGGCCUUGAAUGAGCUGGUAGGAAGCACCGCCUUGCUGCCGGCGACGCUGCUCAACAUUCUCUCUCACUCUCACGAGAUUUCUAUUUCUUUUUGCCAGACGCAGGUCUUUGUUAUACACACUUAUGCCAUCACCGAAUUCACUAUUCUCGCGGUGAUGAGCUAUGACAGAUACGUAGCCAUUUGUCAUCCACUGUCCUACCAUGUGAUCAUGUCUCAGAGGAUAGUGAAGCUGAUUGUUUUUAUGUGGCUUUACCCCAUGCUGGCACUAAGCGUGGUUUUCGUUUUUACUCUCCAGCUGCCAUAUUGUGGCCGGAUCAUAGAGAAGCUUUACUGCCUCAACUACUUGCUUGUGCAGCUUGCAUGCACAAAUACAUUCAUACUUAACAUCAUCGGCCUGCUGUUUGCAGCUCUCUACACGGCUCCUCAGCUGAUCAUGAUCUUUUACUCAUACGGACACAUCCUGAAGAUUUGCAUAAUGUCGUUCAGCAAAUCCAAAUUCAAGGCCCUCCGUACCUGCAUUCCCCAUCUACUGGCUGUAAUCAACUACGCCAUUGGGUGCUUUUUUGAGCUGGCACAAGGUCGUCUUGACAACAGGCACAUGUCUUAUCACACUAAGCUGUUUUUGUCCCUGUACUUUUUGAUAUUCCCGCCGCUCCUAAAUGCCCUAAUAUACGGCCUGGGCACACAAAUAAUUAGAGUCCGACUCAUCAAGCUAUUCACCAAGUACAAGUGACGUAGUCAAGAUAUUUUAGAUUUGGGUUCAUUAAAUGUGUAUCCAGCAUGGUGUUCAAAAGUCAUCUAAAUGUGGCUUUAUUUUAGGACUUAUAUUUACAGCAGUCUGAAUCCAUGUUUAAUAAUGUUGUUUGUUCAUCUUUGAGUGCUGUUAAUCUUGCCAGUUUUAAAAUGUUUCUCCGCAGUUUAGUUUUACUUAAGUAGACGCACAAAUGAUU